AACGUUGCCUUGUUUAAGCAUAUACCCAGCUCCUCGCUGUAUGCAAUCAAGACCUUCACCAAAUCGUGCAUCUCAUACGACACUCCUACGCUCGAGCAUGCUAUGAAAGAACAAAUGAUUCUUCGACUCCUAACGCAAAUGGAAACCCCAUUUGUUCUGAAGCUGAGAUGGAGCUUCCAGGAUAUGGAGUCUAUGCGCCUUGUCACGGAUUUCUGUCCCGGUGGAGAUUUACGAGCACGUAUCUCCUCGUCAGGUCCUCUGACGUCCUCUUUGGCAUGGCUAUAUGCGGCGGAGCUGGUGGAAGCAAUGUCUUCGCUUCAUUCGAGCGGUAUAUGCCACCGCUUGAUCCUCCCAGAGCACGUUCUCAUCGGUGCGGACGGGCAUAUAGUCCUGACCGGCUUCUCCCGCGCCUCUAUCGCCACGUUCAACUCGCCAAGGACGGAAAUCCGUAUCGCAAUGGAAGAUAAAGAACAUUUAAUCCGUGCCGUGGAUGUGUGGUCUGCACCUGAAGUCGUACUUGGCUGGUCUCACGACUUUGCAGUUGACUGUUGGGGAUUUGGGGCCAUUUUAUCUUUUAUGUUGGCCGGAGAGGUGAGUACCGGGUCCUACCAACAAUGCCGGCAGUAA